GCGCGCGGCUGCGGCCAAAGCAGAAGUAGCAGCGCCCGCGUCGGAGGGCGUGAGCGGCAGGGAGUGCCCGGAGCGCGGCGGGCGGCUGCGCGCGGGACCCCGGAGCCGGGACCCGCGGCGGGGCGCGGCCAGCCUCGCUGUUCCUCACUCCUCCUCCUCCCUGAGUGGCCAACAAUGACCACCAUGGUCAACGUGGACGCCCUCCCGGAAUAUGAGAAGAGUCAGAUCAAGAGAGCCCUGGAGCUGGGCACCGUGAUGACCGUGUUCAGCUUCCGCAAAUCCACCCCGGAGCGCAGGACCGUCCAGGUGAUCAUGGAGACGCGGCAGGUGGCCUGGAGUAAGACGGCCGACAAGAUCGAGGGCUUCUUGGAUAUCAUGGAAAUCAAGGAAAUCCGCCCAGGGAAGAGCUCCAAGGAUUUCGAGCGUGCAAAGGCAGUCCGCCAGAAGGAAGACUGCUGCUUCACCAUCUUGUAUGGCACCCAGUUCGUCCUCAGCACACUCAGCUUAGCAACUGACUCGAAGGAAGAUGCAACCAAGUGGCUCUCUGGCUUGAAAAUCUUACACCAAGAAGCGAUGAGCGCGUCCACACCCACCAUCAUUGAGAGUUGGCUGAGAAAGCAGAUUUAUUCGGUGGAUCAAACCAGAAGAAACAGCAUCAGCCUCCGAGAGUUGAAGGCCAUCUUGCCCCUGGUCAACUUCAAAGUGAGCAGUGCCAAGUUCCUCAAGGAUAAGUUUGCGGAAAUAGGCGCAAACAAAGAUGAAUUCAGCUUUGAACAGUUCCAUCUCCUCUAUAAAAAACUUAUGUUUGAACAGCAAAAAUCGAUUCUUGACGAAUUCAAAAAAGAUUCCUCCGUGUUCAUCCUGGGCAGUACUGACCGGCCGGAUGCCUCCGCAGUUCACCUGCAUGACUUCCAGCGGUUUCUCUUACAUGAACAGCAGGAACUUUGGGCUCAGGAUGUGAACAAGGUCCGGGAGAGGAUGACAAAGUUUAUCGACGACACGAUGAGGGAAACUGCGGAGCCCUUCUUGUUUGUUGAUGAGUUCCUCACGUACCUGUUUUCACGGGAGAACAGCAUUUGGGAUGAGAAGUAUGACGUGGUGGACAUGCAGGACAUGAACAACCCCUUGUCUCAUUACUGGAUCUCCUCGUCACAUAACACGUACCUCACAGGUGACCAGCUGCGGAGUGAGUCGUCCCCGGAGGCGUAUAUCCGCUGUCUGCGCAUGGGCUGUCGCUGCAUUGAGUUGGACUGCUGGGACGGGCCCGACGGGAAGCCCAUCAUCUACCACGGCUGGACCCGGACCACCAAGAUCAAGUUUGAUGACGUUGUGCAGGCCAUCAAAGACCACGCCUUUGUCGCCUCAAGCUUCCCCGUGAUCCUGUCCAUCGAGGAGCACUGUUGCGUGGAGCAGCAGCGCUACAUGGCCAGAGUGUUCAAGGAGGUGUUUGGCGACCUGCUGCUGACGAAGCCCACGGAGGCCAGUGCUGACCAGCUGCCCUCGCCCAGCCAGCUGCGGGAGAAGAUCAUCAUCAAGCACAAGAAGCUGGGCCCCCGAGGUGACGUGGAUGUCAACAUGGAGGACAAGAAAGAUGAGCACAAGCAGCAGGGGGAGCUGUACAUGUGGGACCCCAUCGACCUGAAAUGGACUCGGCACUACUGCGCCAUUGCCGAUGCCAAGCUGUCCUUCAGCGACGACAUUGAGCAGACUGUGGAAGAGGAACUGCCCCAGGACACGCCCCCCACAGAGCUGCAUUUUGGAGAGAAGUGGUUCCACAAGAAGGUGGAGAAGAGGACAAGUGCUGAGAAGCUGUUGCAGGAAUACUGCUCAGAGACGGGGGGCAAGGACGGGACCUUCCUGGUGCGGGAGAGUGAGACAUUCCCCAACGACUACACCCUGUCCUUCUGGCGGUCCGGCCGGGUCCAGCACUGCCGGAUCCGCUCCACCAUGGAGGGCGGGACCAUGAAGUACUACCUGACUGACAACCUCAUGUUCACCAGCAUCUACGCCCUCAUCCAGCACUACCGCGAGACGCACCUGCGCUGCGCCGAGUUCGAGCUCCGACUCACCGACCCCGUGCCCAACCCCAACCCCCAUGAAUCAAAGCCGUGGUACUACGACGGGCUGAGCCGCGGAGAAGCGGAGGACAUGCUGAUGAGGGUUCCCCGGGACGGCGCCUUCCUCAUCCGGAAGCGGGAAGGUAGCGACUCCUACGCCAUCACCUUCAGGGCCCGGGGCAAGGUGAAGCACUGUCGCAUCAACCGUGACGGCCGGCACUUCGUGCUGGGGACCUCCGCCUACUUCGAGAGUCUGGUGGAGCUCGUCAGCUACUACGAGAAGCACGCGCUCUACCGGAAGAUGAAGCUGCGCUACCCCGUGACGCCCGAGCUCCUGGAGCGCUACAACAUGGAAAGAGAUAUAAACUCCCUGUAUGACGUCAGCAGAAUGUAUGUGGAUCCCAGUGAAAUCAAUCCUUCUAUGCCUCAGAGAACCGUGAAAGCUCUGUAUGACUACAAAGCCAAGCAGAGUGAUGAGCUGAGCUUCUGCCGCGGCGCCCUCAUUCACAACGUCUCCAAGGAGCCCGGGGGCUGGUGGAAAGGAGACUAUGGAACCAAAAUCCAGCACUACUUCCCAUCCAAUUACGUCGAGGACAUUUCAACAGUUGAUGUGGAGGAGCUCGAGAAGCAGAUUAUUGAAGACAAUCCCUUAGGGUCUCUUUGCAAAGGAAUAUUGGAUCUCAACACCUAUAACGUUGUGAAAGCCCCGCACGGGAAAAACCAGAAGUCCUUCGUCUUCAUCCUGGAGCCCAAGAAGCAGGGUGACCCGCCGGUGGAGUUCGCCACGGACCGGGUGGAGGAGCUCUUCGAGUGGUUCCAGAGCAUCCGGCAGAUCACCUGGAAGAUCGACACCAAGGAGAACAACAUGAAAUACUGGGAGAAGAACCAGUCGAUCGCCAUCGAGCUCUCGGACCUGGUCGUCUACUGCAAACCAACCAGCAAGACCAAAGACAAUCUAGAGAAUCCCGACUUCCGAGAGAUCCGUUCCUUUGUGGAGACGAAGGCCGACAGCGUCGUCAGACAGAAACCCAUUGAGCUCCUGAAGUACAAUCAGAAGGGCCUGACGCGUGUUUACCCGAAGGGACAGAGGGUGGACUCCUCCAACUACGACCCCUUCCGCCUCUGGCUGUGCGGCUCCCAAAUGGUGGCACUCAAUUUCCAGACUGGAGACAAAUACAUGCAGAUGAACCAGGCCUUGUUUUCACUCAACGGGAGGACCGGCUACGUCCUGCAACCCGAGAGCAUGAGGACGGAGAAGUAUGACCCCAUGCCGCCCGAGUCCCAGAGGAAGAUUCUGAUGACCUUGACGGUCAAGGUUCUCGGGGCUCGCCAUCUCCCCAAGCUCGGACGAAGUAUUGCAUGUCCCUUUGUGGAGGUGGAAAUAUGUGGAGCCGAAUAUGACAACAAUAAGUUUAAGACGACGGUUGUGAAUGACAAUGGCCUAAGCCCUGUUUGGGCUUCAACGCAGGAGAAGGUGACAUUUGAAAUCUAUGACCCAAACCUGGCGUUUCUGCGCUUUGUGGUAUACGAGGAAGAUAUGUUCAGCGACCCCAACUUUCUCGCGCAUGCUACUUACCCCAUUAAAGGAAUCAAGUCAGGAUUUAGAUCUGUUCCUCUGAAGAACGGGUACAGUGAAGACAUUGAGCUGGCUUCCCUCCUGGUUUUCUGUGAGAUGCGGCCAGUGCUGGAGAGUGAAGAGGAACUGUACUCUUCCUGUCGCCAGCUGCGGAGGCGGCAAGAAGAGCUGAACAACCAGCUCUUCCUAUAUGACACACACCAGAACUUGCGCAAUGCCAACCGGGAUGCCCUCGUUAAAGAGUUCAAUGUCAACGAGAACCAGCUCCAUCUGUACCAGGAGAAGUGCAACCGGAGGUUAAGAGAGAAGAGAGUCAGCAACAGCAAGUUUUACUCAUAGAAGCCGGGGUGCGUGUGUAAGGGUGUUGUGUGUGUGCAUGUGUUUGCAUGUAGAAGAAUGUGCUGUAUUCAGACCAUGGGGUCAUGCUAACCUGGGACGUCAUCCUCUACAAUCAAGAUGACAUUCCUGAAGAAGGCCCAGUCAGCAUGAGCUGAGUGAUUUCCUCUUAAUUUUUUCGUCUUGGACAAUUUCUUAACUUAUAAUUCUCUUUAGAGGAUCCCAAAAUCACAUUCCUCGUCUUUGGCCGCUUGUGUUCCAAACCUCAUUGAAUAAAAGCAGUGAAAAUCUCAAACAGUUAGACCUUCCAUGCAUGACCUGCACAGGGAGCAGGAUUCCUUUUCUGGCCUCUAAAGACCCAGGUAAUUGACUUCCACAGGAGAUGAGCCCGCAAUGUAAGGAACGAAUAAAUUAGCUUUGGAAAGGAUUUUAACUACAAGGCAAACGAUUCUACAAUUAAGGCCAUUGGAUUUCACCGGGGCCCAGAGAGGAGCCCUGCCCCUGACUGCCACAUCUGCCCAGCUUCCCUGCCCCGGGUCAGUGGACUCAGCUCAAUGCACUUUAACUACCACUGGCUGGCUAGCUGGCUAGACAGGCCUGCUAUGGUGCCUGAGUCCCUGGACUCUCUGUUCAUUAAGACAGUUUCUAGUUAAAGGCAGAGAUUUACUUUGUGACUGGAGUUAUUGGGGGUGGGAGGUGGAAAUCUUGGAGCCGCUGAUUUAAAAAGCCUGUUAACAACCAGAGACCCAGCAAAGGCUCAGCCAGCUUCUUACUCCUGCUCUGCCCACUCCUGAGCUGGCUGCGUGACCCUGGGGGAGGCUUUGGGUCUGCAGCUCCCACAGACAAGAGGCCAAUUCACUGACUGGAGGAGGUGGUGCAAGUUAGGCUCCAUGGGGCAGUUUCUCGGUUUUCUGACGCAGCAGGCCGAGUCUUGUGGCUUAAGCACUAGAAAGGUACAGAAAAGCUCAAAAGCAGCCACCCCGGAGCCUCAGACCCACCUGGGACCAGAUGACACUCCUCUGCAGCUUGCGAUACAGUUUAAUGAUGUGUAGUGUGAUGACCUCACGAGGCUUUUUAAGGAUGAGGUUAGUGGUUGGGGGAGUGGUCAGUAGAGUCACAAAUUACUCAAAGUGAACUGAGAAACGACUUAGAGGGAAAAAGGUGUAACCGUGAAAAUGAUUGUGGCGGCAGGAACAAACAGCAAGCGGUAAGACUGGUGGCUUUACUGGGAUGAAACUGGGUCCUAGAAGCGCAUUGAGCCCUCCCCUAGUUAUCCUGGGCUUAGGUGCAUGUAUUGCUGACAAGUACAUUAAAACCAGCCAGGCUCUCUCUGAUCAAAAGACCUUAUUCCUUCAUUCCACAAAAAUUUCUUGAGCACCACCAUAUGCCAAACACUAUGCCAAGGUCUGGGGAUACAAUGUUUAACAAAAAUUUUUUUUUAAAAAAAUAAAAAAGCCAUGGUUACUGGUCUUAUGGUUAUA